AGUCGCCAAGCACUCUGCAGCCGAUCGCGCACUGGAGCUCCAGCCGCGGCGCGUAGAGGUGGUGCCGGAGCGCGAGGCGCGCAAAGGGACGGUAGCCGUGGGACAGCGCCCACCCAGCAGCCUCCCCAGAGCAGCUGCCGCGGGAGCCCCGCAGCUUCGCGGAGGACCCGCAUCCCGGAUCGUCCCCGGAGAGGGAGAACGACGAGGCGGCUGAGUGCUGCCCGGCAAGCUGGAGACUAUGGCCAAAAUGGAGGUGAAAACGUCACUUCUGGACAAUAUGAUUGGAGUUGGAGAUAUGGUUCUUUUAGAACCUCUCAAUGAGGAGACCUUUAUCAACAACCUCAAGAAGCGCUUUGACCAUAAUGAAAUAUACACAUACAUUGGAAGUGUGGUUAUAUCUGUUAACCCUUACCGGUCAUUGCCCAUUUAUUCACCAGAGAAAGUGGAAGAUUACAGGAAUAGAAAUUUUUAUGAACUGAGCCCUCACAUCUUUGCCCUGUCAGAUGAAGCGUACAGAUCCCUGCGAGAUCAAGAUAAAGACCAGUGUAUUCUCAUUACCGGGGAAAGCGGAGCAGGAAAAACAGAGGCCAGCAAGCUUGUCAUGUCCUACGUAGCAGCUGUUUGUGGAAAAGGAGCAGAAGUUAAUCAAGUCAAAGAACAGCUUUUACAGUCCAACCCAGUCCUGGAAGCGUUUGGAAAUGCCAAGACUGUAAGGAAUGACAACUCCUCUAGAUUUGGCAAAUAUAUGGAUAUUGAAUUUGAUUUUAAAGGCGAUCCACUGGGAGGAGUGAUUAGUAACUAUCUUUUAGAGAAAUCUCGAGUUGUUAAGCAGCCAAGGGGUGAAAGAAACUUCCAUGUUUUCUAUCAGCUGCUCUCUGGUGCCUCUGAAGAACUCCUCAAUAAACUUAAACUCGAGCGGGAUUUCAGCAGAUACAACUACCUGAGUCUGGACUCUGCCAAAGUUAAUGGAGUGGAUGAUGCAGCAAAUUUUAGAACCGUUAGGAAUGCUAUGCAGAUUGUGGGUUUUAUGGACCAUGAGGCUGAGGCUGUCUUGGAGGUGGUGGCCGCAGUGUUGAAACUGGGGAACAUUGAGUUCAAACCUGAAUCUCGAGUGAAUGGUUUAGAUGAAAGCAAAAUCAAAGAUAAAAAUGAGUUAAAAGAAAUUUGUGAGUUGACUGGCAUUGACCAGUCAGUUCUAGAACGAGCAUUCAGUUUCCGAACCGUUGAGGCCAAGCAAGAGAAAGUUUCAACUACACUGAACGUGGCUCAGGCGUAUUAUGCCCGUGAUGCUCUGGCUAAAAACCUCUACAGCAGGUUGUUUUCAUGGUUGGUAAAUCGAAUCAAUGAAAGCAUUAAGGCACAAACAAAAGUGAGAAAGAAGGUCAUGGGUGUUUUGGACAUUUAUGGCUUUGAAAUUUUUGAGGACAACAGCUUUGAGCAGUUCAUUAUUAAUUAUUGUAAUGAAAAGCUGCAACAAAUCUUCAUUGAACUUACUCUCAAAGAGGAGCAGGAGGAGUAUAUACGGGAGGACAUAGAAUGGACUCACAUUGACUACUUCAAUAAUGCUAUCAUUUGUGACCUAAUAGAAAAUAACACGAAUGGAAUCCUGGCCAUGCUGGAUGAAGAGUGCUUGAGGCCUGGCACAGUUACCGAUGAGACCUUCUUAGAAAAGCUGAACCAAGUCUGUGCCACCCACCAGCACUUUGAGAGCAGGAUGAGCAAGUGCUCUCGGUUCCUAAAUGACACGUCCCUGCCUCACAGCUGUUUCAGAAUUCAGCAUUACGCUGGCAAGGUGCUGUACCAGGUGGAAGGAUUUGUUGACAAAAACAAUGACCUUCUCUAUCGAGACCUGUCCCAAGCCAUGUGGAAAGCUGGCCACACCCUUAUCAAGUCUUUGUUCCCCGAAGGGAACCCUGCCAAGAUCAACCUGAAAAGGCCUCCUACAGCCGGCUCACAGUUCAAGUCCUCUGUGGCCACUCUGAUGAAAAACCUGCAGACCAAGAAUCCAAACUACAUUAGAUGUAUCAAACCGAAUGAUAAAAAGGCAGCACACAUCUUCAAUGAGGCUCUAGUAUGUCAUCAGAUCAGGUACCUGGGUCUUUUGGAGAAUGUCCGAGUGAGGAGGGCAGGCUACGCCUUCAGGCAGGCCUAUGAACCUUGCCUAGAAAGAUACAAAAUGCUUUGUAAACAAACAUGGCCUCAUUGGAAAGGACCAGCAAGGGCUGGUGUGGAGGUUCUGUUUAAUGAAUUAGAGAUUCCUGUGGAAGAAUACUCUUUUGGUAGAUCAAAGAUAUUCAUCCGAAACCCAAGAACAUUAUUCAAAUUAGAAGACCUGAGGAAGCAAAGGCUCGAGGACUUGGCCACUCUCAUUCAGAAGAUUUAUCGGGGGUGGAAAUGCCGCACACACUUCCUGCUAAUGAGAAAAAGCCAAAUUGUGAUUGCUGCCUGGUACAGGAGAUACUCUCAACAAAAGAGGUAUCAACAGAUAAAGAGUUCUGCCUUGGUAAUUCAGUCUUAUAUCCGGGGUUGGAAGGCCAGAAAAAUCCUGCGGGAACUGAAGCAUCAAAAGCGCUGUGAGGAAGCAGCCACCACCAUUGCUGCGUACUGGCAUGGUACCCAGGUACGUAGGGAGUACAGGAAAUUCUUCAGAGCCAAUGCUGGAAAGAAAAUUUAUGAAUUUACAAUUCAGAGAAUUAUGCAAAAAUACUUCUUGGAAAUGAAAAAUAAGAUGCCUUCCUUAUCUCCAAUAGACAAGAAUUGGCCAUCAAGACCUUACGUGUUCUUGGAUUCUACUCACAAAGAGCUAAAAAGGAUUUUCCACUUGUGGAGGUGUAAAAAAUACAGGGACCAAUUCACAGACCAGCAGAAACUUAUUUAUGAAGAGAAACUAGAAGCCAGUGAACUCUUCAAAGACAAGAAGGCUUUAUACCCAUCUAGUGUUGGGCAGCCAUUCCAAGGGGCUUACCUGGAAAUCAACAAGAAUCCCAAGUAUAAGAAACUCCAAGAUGCCAUUGAAGAAAAGAUUAUCAUUGCUGAAGUUGUGAACAAAAUUAACCGUGCAAAUGGGAAGAGUACAUCCCGGAUUUUCCUCUUAACAAAUAAUAAUCUCCUUCUUGCUGAUCAAAAGUCUGGACAAAUCAAGUCAGAAGUUCCCCUGGUGGAUGUGACCAAAGUAUCAAUGAGCUCACAAAAUGAUGGCUUCUUCGCCAUCCACCUCAAAGAGGGCUCCGAAGCAGCUAGUAAAGGAGACUUUCUCUUCAGUAGUGAUCACCUGAUUGAAAUGGCCACCAAGCUCUAUCGGACGACUCUCAGCCAAACCAAACAGAAGCUCAAUAUUGAAAUUUCUGAUGAGUUCCUCGUGCAGUUCAGACAGGAUAAAGUAUGUGUGAAGUUUAUUCAGGGCAACCAGAAAAAUGGGAGUGUCCCAACGUGCAAACGAAAAAACAACCGUCUCCUUGAAGUCGCUGUUCCUUAACUGGUGCCUCCUCUCUGCUUUCAUGGACUUGUUUCUUUGUAAUAGUGCAAUUUGGUUUUGUUUUAUUUGGGGUUCAUUGUAUGUUUGGGAAUUGUCAAAGGCUAAUACCGUUAAAGUCCCUUGGCAAAAUAAAACUAUUUGACUAAUCAAUUUUUAUUAUUGGAAUAGUUUUAACCUUUAAAGUGCACAUUCUGUCCUGGGACAGGAUUGUAGAAACUAACAGUGUCUAUGCCAUGUCAUGUGUGUUCUUUGUUUAGUCAUCAUGUUAGGUCUGUGUACCCUAAAUCAACAUAUUACUCAUAAAUCGUUAAUACAUCUAAGUGUAGGAAAUGGUCCUAAAAGAUAGUACCUUCACUCAUCCAAUAUUUAUGGAAUGCCUGCUCUGUGCUAGGCACUGUACUAAAUGGUUUGAAAAGCUAUGAGGAACUUGUUCUAUUUUGAAGGCCACUGCAUUCUGGCUGGUUUGUGCUGGCUUUACUAUGGCUAAGAGGGCUUGAAAAUGUUGAGACCAAAACAGUAACUGUUGAUGAUGGACAGCGUGAUUUAGAAAUCCUGUAGUGUGACUUUAACAAUAUACUUCAAAAAGGGCUGGUCCUAGGAAGUAGAAUUAUAUGACUGGGUAAAAUGGCUCUACGUGUGAUUUCUAUUUGAAAAGAAAAAAACUGACCUUUGAACAGGACUUUUAAUUUGUGUAGAUCUCUUGUAAUUGCUUAGAAAACAGAUUCAUUCUUAUUUUAGAAAAAGUGACAGAAGCAGUCCACUAAGGUUAUAUUUUCCUGUUUCUGGUAAACAUCAUAUAUGAUCCUACAUAUGCUAAUAUCUACAGAGUGUUGUUUUCACCCAAAUUUGAAUAAGUACUUCAAACAGCUAAUAAUACAGUGAGGGCUGAAAGCCUUUCAGAUAGAGGCAAACAUUCUAUACAAUGUGCAAUAAACAUCCAAGAUCUUUUUUGAAAGUUUUAUUUAUAGUAAACAUUUUGUAUGAGAGAGGUGAUCGGUACAGGGUGCAUAUUUUAAUCAAGGAUCAAAAUUGUUUGUGUUAAUUUGCAGGACUUUUUUCUUUUUCUCCUUCAAAUUUAUAAUAAGGAUUCAUUUUGGAAGCUACUUUUUAAACUUUGGAAUCAAAUUUCUUCUUAUUUGGGAGGAUAAUGUAUAUACAAUGGUAUGUUAAAUAAUAAAACUGUUCUAAUUUGGUGCCAUUUCCUGGAUCACAACUGUAUUUUUGUACUUCAAGCUAUUUUCUUAUGUUGUGUGUCAAUAUAUUGUUGCACAGAAAGGCUUUGCACUCCAAACAUUUCAUGCUCUCUGUAUAAUUGAAUUUCACUUAUCGUUUAUAAACCAGAAACAAUCGUUGAAAGUAUUUUCUGGGGAUUUUCUUUUAAUUUUUGUACUUAAAAAUAUUGCUUCCAUAAAGAAAUUCUCA